CACUGGUCGGGCGCCGAGAAACGACCGUCAGAAAACAAAAGCGCGCCGCCACACACGAACCCGACCCAUCACGCCGCACCUGCACUUACGAGAAGAGAAAACAACAACAAAAAACCGAUGCAGUGACCAGUGAUAACAGUGAUACAAGCAACAAAACAAAUCAUCACCAUGGCGACGGAACGCGAAGUCGGGGUGGGCGAUUUUGUCUUGAUGGACAAAAUUGACCUCGACAGCUUCAUGCAGAAUUUGGAACACAGAUUUAAAAAUGGUUUUAUUUAUACCUAUAUCGGGGAAGUAUGUGUAUCAGUGAACCCCUACAGAACAAUGAAUAUAUACGAUAAGGCCCACAUUAAUAAAUAUAAAGACAGAGAAUUAUUCGAGAAUGUCCCACACAUUUUCGCCGUCGCUGAUGCUUCCCAUAAAAUAAUGAAACAACAGGGACGUGAUACAUGUAUUGUUAUAAGUGGCGAGUCCGGAUCUGGCAAAACAGAGGCGUCUAAAAUUAUUAUGAAGUACAUUGCUGCUGUGACGAACCAAGAUUUAUCGUAUUUUAAAACCAAAGAAAAGAUAGGUGGUCAGCAGGAAAUAGAGAGGGUAAAAAACAUUCUAAUGCAGUCCAACGCAAUACUGGAAGCCUUUGGUAACGCCAAAACAAAUCGUAACGAUAACUCGUCCAGAUUCGGUAAAUACAUGGAUAUUCACUUCGAUUUCAAAGGUGACCCCAUAGGGGGCCAUAUAAAUAAAUAUCUUCUUGAAAAAUCGCGCGUUAUAUUGCAACAGAGCGGGGAGAGAAACUUCCAUUGUUUCUAUCAACUGCUGCUGGGCGGCGCUGACGAUCUGCUGCGGAAACUUAACCUCAACCGAAACCCCGACUCUUAUUUCUACAUAAACCAGGGAAAAUCCGCCAAAGUGGACACGAUCAACGACAAAAACGACUACAAAACCGUCCUCAACUCGCUCAACGCUCUAAACUUCGACUCGGGUGAGGUCGAGUCGAUUUGGCGCGUCGUUGCCGCCAUCAUGCACUUUGGCAACGUCGAAUUCGACGUGGUGGACGAGGAGAAGUUGGCCGUGAAACGUGGCAACGCCGUCGACCACGUUGCCACUUUGCUGCAAGUUCAGAAGAGCGAAUUAGAGACCGCUCUCUGCGAGAGAGUCAUAGCUGCCAGGGGCGAUAUCAUGAGGAAAGAGCACACGGAAACGGAGGCUUCUUUCGGGAGAGAUGCCUUCAGUAAGGCCAUAUACGAAAGGCUGUUCGGCUGGAUUGUCGAAAAAAUCAACGCUGCGAUCGCUAUAGACGCCAAUAAUUACUCCAAAAACUAUAAGAGUUCGCUUAUUGGUGUUUUGGAUAUAUACGGUUUUGAAAUAUUCGAUAACAACAGCUUCGAGCAGUUCUGCAUCAACUAUUGCAACGAGAAGUUGCAGCAAUUGUUUAUUGAGUUGGUUUUGAAACAAGAGCAAGAAGAGUACAUGCGCGAAGGCAUAGCCUGGACGAACAUAGAAUAUUUCAACAACCAGAUAAUCUGCGAUUUAGUGGAAGCCCCCCACAAGGGCAUCCUGUCCAUAAUGGACGACGCGUGCAAAAUGACAGCAGAAAAAAUAACCGACGAAAUGCUGCUGGAAAACAUGGACCGCACCCUCAAGGGACACCAUCACUUCAUGUCUCGUCAAACUAAACCGUCGGAAAAGUCCUUGAAACACAAAGUCCAGUUCAGGAUUACCCACUACGCCGGUGACGUGACGUAUUGUAUCGAAGGAUUUUUGGAUAAAAAUAAGGACACGCUCUUCCAAGAUUUUAAGAGGCUUUUGUACAGUUCCAAGGAUAAGAAUAUUAGGGAUAUGUGGCCUGAAGGUGCACAACAUAUCACCAAGACCACAAAACGUCCCCCAACAACAGGAAUCCUCUUUAAAAACUCCAUGUCCGCUCUGGUACAAAACUUGUUAAGCAAAGAGCCACAUUACGUGAGAUGUAUAAAACCGAACGAAAUAAAAUCAGCCGCAGCUUUUGAUGAACAGAGAGUGAGGCAUCAGGUUUCGUACUUAGGGUUGGUGGAGAAUGUUAGGGUGAGACGAGCUGGUUUCGCCUACAGGCAGAGAUACGAUAAGUUUUUAAAGAGGUAUAAAAUGUUGUCGCAAUUCACGUGGCCCAACUUUAGGGGCGGUUCCGAUCAAGACGGUGUCAAGGUGAUCAUGGACAGCAAUAACUUCAGCAACGAUGUUAAGUAUGGUAAAACGAAGAUAUUCAUUAAGUCCCCAAAAACUCUUUUCAACUUGGAAAACCAGAGGAAUGAGUUAAUACCGCAACUGGUAACUCUGAUAACUAAGAACUGGCGUGGUUACGUGGCCCGUCAGCAGUACAAACGCAUGAAGGCUUUGAUGGUGAUGGUGAAGGCUUACCGCCUCAAAAAAAUGCGCGUAUACGUGAACAAUUUGCAGAGAAAGUUCGCCAACGCUAAAAACAUGAAGGAUUACGGUAAAAGUAUUCAGUGGCCGGCGCCUCCUAGGUCCCUAAAAGUGACCACCGAUCUUCUGCGCAGCGCUUUUAGACGCUGGCGCGCAUACAUGAUCCUCAAGAAGAUACCGCGCGAAGAAUGGCCGCAGAUGCAACUUAAAAUCACUGCAGCAAGCGUCUUCUUGAGGAAACGCAAAGAGUUCGGUGUCAACCGCAAAUGGGAGGGUAACUACUUGGGUUUAUUGGCCGAAAACAACAACUACAGCCUGUACAACGAGGCCGUCAACAACCUGAAGAACACCAAGCACUUCAACAACGUCCUGUUUUCAUCGUACGUCACCAAGUUCAACAAGUUCAACAAGUGCGCCGAAAGAGUUAUGGUGGUGACGGAUAAAUACGUGUUCAAGCUGGAUAAAGAAAAGUACAGGAACAUGAAGGAGGGUGUUCCCAUUGAAAGCGUAGCUGGGAUAAGCGUCAGUCCGGAACAUGAUCAACUGUUGGUGCUGCAUUGCCCUGGUGGUAACGACCUGGUUGUGUCGCUGCAUUCCAACAAGCAAGAAGACCGUAUUGGUGAAGCUGUAGCUGUUAUAAGUCGAGCAUAUUUCUUGUUGAAAAAAGUGGAUUUACCAGUAAACGUGUCAAAAACUAUAUCCUGCUCGCUAGGCGGAAAAUCGAGGUUAAUAAACAUACAGGUUUCUUCGGCUGAACCCCAACCCGUUUUCAAGAGGGACGGCAACAAUGUGGCUUACAUGCUUCCAUCAAACUUUGCCGUUUACGAAAACGGCAACAAUCACAUAAAGCAGUGAAUAUUUCGUUAGAUUUUUCAUCGAAAAUCUAUUACUAUUUUUAUGCAUUUUUUACCCAAAGAAAUUUUAACUUAACGUGCCUUUUACAACGAUUUUUAAAAGUAUUAAUUAAUUAAUAGUUUUAAGUAUUAACUAUUUUAAAACUAAUUGUAUAUUGUGUACUUAAUUUUGGCAUUAUGUAAUUUUUUACACUGUGAUUGUAUGGCAUUUUUAUUAUGUACUGUUUUUUAUUAUUGAAUUGGUUUUAAAAAUUAUUGUUAUAUAAAUAUAAGCCAUGCUUAAAUAUUUAUGUUUUUAAGAUGAUUAUAUAUUUAUUGUGUAAGUGCCAUUAUAAUAUAUUUUGUAUCGGCUUUUUAGAUACUUACUGUUUAGUCAACAAAAAAGUGCCUUAAUAAAACCCUAA